CUCUGAUUCCUCUACUCCCGAGAGCCACAGCCCACCAUAUGGCCCCAGGAACAUACCUGUCCACAGUGAAAGGGCAGGGUACUGUGUAGGGCAUUGUCCCUGGCAGGUAGCACCAUGUCCUCAUCCUGGUCCAACACAUCCUGGGGUCUGUAGGACGCAGCAAUGCUUCUCCGUCAAUCAUUUUGUCAAGAACUUUCUCUAGGUCUUUCUGUACAUGGCCAGUCAGGAAGGCCAAAGCACAGAGAAGUGAUCCACCUUUGUAGUUCUAGUGUCCUGAAGCCCAAAGCUCCCCACCGGUUUCCUGUGUACGUGUGUGGGGAUGGGAGUGGGGGGACCUGGUCCGUACAGCCGAUCCCAGUAUGGCAGCUACUUCUCGGCUAAUCCCAGUAUGCUCCCAGCUCUCAGGAACCUUCCCAGGAAGGGACAUAGUAUAGUCGCAGGGAGAUGAGGGGCAAGGUGGGGACAAUGCAGACAUUGGGAAGAGGUGUUGUGGUCCUGGUGCCAGGACUCUGGUGUGAGUCACAGACCUCCUCGUGGCUUUGAAGAAAGUGGCCUGUCUCCAGAGUGGGGACAGGGUGUCUCAGCCCAAGGAGAAUAUCAAGCAGGGCGGGUCCUCUGUGGGUGUUCCUUGCAGCACUUGGCUUUGUGACCAGCGGUGUCAGUUGUGAGGGUCACAGGUGUGGUGUUCCCAGAAGCCAGGUGCAUUCUCGUACAGCUUCUCUGUCCUUGGACUGUGGGGCCAGCCAGGCUCCCACACGUCACCAGGUCCUUGCUCAGCAGAACUCCCUGUAGAUCCUAGAGUGAUGGCCAGUCUGAAUGUAUCCCUCUCUUUCUUUUUUGCCACCUGUGCCCUCUGUGAGGUGGCGAGAAGGGCAUCUAAAGCCCUGCUCCCAGCAGGCACCUAUGCCAACUUUUCCCGGGAGGCAGUGGGUGCAGCCCAGCUGGCAGCCUGCUGCCUAGAGAUGCGAGUGUUGGUGGAACUUGGCCCCUGGGCCGGGGGCUUCGGGCCCGACCUGUUGCUGACCCUGGUCUUCCUGCUCUUUGUGGUGCACGGGGUCACCUUUGAUGGGGCCUCUGCCAACCCCACUGUGGCCUUACAGGAGUUCCUCAUGGCUGAGGCAUCACUGCCCAGCACCCUGCUGAAAGUGGUGGCCCAGGUCCUGGGUGCCCAGGCUGCCUGUGCCCUGACCCAGCGCUGCUGGACCUGGGAGCUCAGCGAACUACAUUUGCUGCAGAGCCUCAUGGCUAUGCACUGCAGCUCCACCCUGCGCACAUCCGUGCUGCAGGGUACACUGGUGGAGGGUGCCUGCACCUUCUUCUUCCAUCUGAGCCUCCUCCACCUGCAGCACAGCCUUCUCAUCUACAGGGUGCCUGCCCUGGCCCUGCUGGUUACUUUCAUGGCUUACACAGCUGGGCCCUACACAUCCGCCUUCUUCAAUCCCGCCCUGGCUGCCUCCGUCACAUUCCACUGCUCUGGGAACACCUUGCUGGAGUAUGCUCAUGUGUAUUGCCUUGGUCCUGUGGCGGGUAUGAUCCUGGCCGUCCUGCUCUAUCAGGGCCACCUUCCUCGCCUUUUCCAGAGAAAUCUGUUCUAUCGGCAGAAAAACAAGUACCGAACUCCCAGAGGGAAGCUGUCCCCAGGUUCUGUGGCUACCCAGACGCCCACAAAGGAGUAGAGUGGCAAAAAGCUGUAGAUACUGGGGUCCAGCUGAGCUGUCUUGCUCAUAAGGCUUCAGUCACCUCAUGAAACUUUUGGGACUCCCUUCCAUGAAACCAUUUGCCAAUAAACCGUGUCUAUGACCCGCCUGACUCCCUGGCCUGACGGAAGCUUCUGGAAGGACAGGUGAGGGACACUGGCUAUUUAUCCCCCAAAGCUAGGCCAACCCUUCUCCCAGGAGUUCCUGGGUCAGUUGCUCUGUGGUGGCGCAGGACCAAAGGACAAAGCAAGGGGAUAGUCUGGGUUUCCUGGAUACUGGCGAAGCCACAACGAGGAGAAGAUCCUUCCAGACCCUUCCAUGCCUGCCCCUUCACCUUGCCUAAGGCUCUUCUGCAUACCCAUUCUGGAAGAGGUCCCUGUCUGUACACCUAGCCUCCUUUCCUUUGUUGGUGCAACCAACCUGGGAAUGAGUGACAAGGACCCCAGUUCCCUGAUUGCUCCUGGAAGGGGCUGGAGAGCCAGCUCUGUGUGGCCUCUGACUUUGGGGUGGUGAGAACACAGAGGUGGCGAUGUGGGGGCAGUGUACCUACAGUGGAAGGUGAUAAGGGCUGUGUGCCUACCAGAACCUGCAGGACUUUAUAGCUGCAUCAGGCCUGGGGGUGGUGUCAUAGUUGCCGCACCCAAGGUGGCAUCCCAGGAACAGAGACAGCUCCUCAUGGCCACACUGAACCCAGGGAGGCUGGCAGCCUGGGGGCUUUCACGGCCUGCACAGAUAGCUGGGACAGAAAUCCUGCUGAGAUUGAAGUGUUGGGGUCACAGUCUUUUGACAUAAUGUGGCAGAACUUGGUCCAGAUGUGGAAAGCGAGAAAAUAAUACAUUAUGUAUAAGGUGGCUGUGCGGGGUGAUAUACAUGGAGGAUGUAUGAGCCAAGCGUGUCUGUGACAUGGUGGAGAGAGGACAGCUUGGAUCUAUUCUAGAAGCUGUGCAAGUGUUGUGUGCAUAUGCAUGUACACACGUGUGCACACGUCCACAUGCAUGGGGUAAAGGAGUGGAUAUCACACACAAUUUUUGGUAGGAAUUUAUCCCAGAGUACAUUCCCAGUCUUUGGUAUUUGCUGCACCACUGAUUCCAAUGCUUUUGAAAACUGACCAUUUUCACUAUGGUAUGUCUAUGAAGUGAUACGUUGAGAAGUCUCUAAAACUCCAUGAGUUAAGAUUUGCUGACAAAA